UUGAUUUGGAAAUCUGAUCAUGUGAUCGAUUUUUCCCGCUGUUUGAAAAAGUUGAAAAUUCAAAUAAAGUGGUUUCAUAGUCCGUAAGUUAUAUCAACGACAAUAAGAUUAAGAAUGGCUAGUGGUGCUCCAGGUGGGAACUUUAGACAUUGGUCACCAACUCCUCCAGAACGAGGAUCAUUUCCUCUUGAUCAUUAUGGUGAAUGUACUGAAUAUAUGAAUAGUUAUUUAAAGUGUAUGAAGUUCACUCAGAAUCAGAACGCUCCUAAUUGCCGUAUAUUGGCCAAACAGUAUCUUAAAUGCAGAAUGGAUAAUCAAUUAAUGGAACAAAGUGAAUGGGAUUCUCUAGGUUUGGUAAAUUUACCAGGUGAUGCUGCUGCUGCUGCUGCUGCUGCUACCAAAUCAAACAGCACGACAAAGAUAGAUUCAAAACUCGACCCUGCUACGAAAGAGAAGAAAUAAUGUUUAUAAAAUGACUACAUAUCCAAAUAAUAAAUUGUAUAUAAUAUA